CAGAAAGAACAGUAAAAAUGCAGGCAGGGGACAAGACAAAGCACUAGGGACAAAAUUGUAUUAGAAAAUGUAAAUUUUUUAAAUGUUUAAAUUUGCCGCUGGUUCUGGCCCCCGUACGUCCCGUACGCUCGCAGGGAUUGGAACACGGAAGCCGGAUGCCGGCAUCAGCUGGAGGAGAUGGCCGGGGAUGUUGCAGGGGACGCAUCGCAGGAGCGAAGGACAAGGUAAGCGCUGCAGGGAAUCCCUGAGCAACGCUGCAUGGUAAGCCCGAGUGUAGCUCGGGGUUACCGCUUUUGGUACUGAAA